CCAUUGAGUACCUCCUCAAUGCAACGCCAAGAAGGGUUUCCACAGGAAGAGCCCAAUCUAACGGUCCAAAUAGCUAUUAGCUGUUAUGCAGAGUGAGGCUAACUCCAACCAAGAGGUGAUGAUCACUGAGAAAGCAAAUGGGGGUGGUGGUGGUACUCCGGACAGUGAAAUCCUUCCUUCUGCAGUGGAGAAAGCGGUUAACGGGUCAACCCUCUCAGGGAAACUUUCUGGUUUAGACAUAACUGAGAGAGACGGCAUAGGUUGUUCUGAGUUUUCAGGACAACCCUAGAUAUCAGUCUGAAAAAGAGUACGAGGAGUGCCAGGAAGUUUGUGCCUCCAGCUGAAGAAAACAACACUGUUGAACUCGGUAUAGCCAAUAUGCCCGAUAAAGGGAUAGGUCAUCUUCCUUCUUACAGCUUCAACUUUAAGUGCGCCGAGAGGGCUCACAAAAGAAAAGAGUUCUACUUAAAGAUUAAAGAGAAAAACCAUGCGAAGGAAAUGGAGAGAGCGAUUAUGCUGGCCAAACUCAAGGAAGCUGAGGAAGCUGAAAUUAAGAUGCUUCGGAAGAGUCUAGUCAUUAAGGCAAAACCAAUGCCCAGUUUCUACUUUGAACACUCUCCAAUCCAGAUGGAGUUAAAGAAGGUCCCAGCAAGAAAGGCAAAAUCACCACAGGAGGGCCUACCUGACAGCACCAACCACAGUGUAACUCCAACCAGAUUCAUGGGAUCGUCCCCGCCUCAGUGCAAGAGGCCACUUGAAAGGUCUCUCCCAAGAUUCCCCUCCUGGAAGAACGAAUCAGUCGAUGCAUCAGGAAAUCCCGUGUCUCUUGUCAAACCCCUGCCCUGCCUGGGAACGGAGCAUGUGGCUGGUAAAACCACGCUUUGAGCCAAAGAAAUGCAGAAGAUGUUUCCAAACUACAAGAGUGCUCUGCAUUAAUCAGAGAAACGAGUGAGGGAAUAAGGUGCUUGGUCCUUAAAACUGUUUGUUGUUGCUUUGCACUAUCGUCAAAUUAUCGUAAUGUUUGUGCAUGGUCUAUUAUUUCUCGUUGAAACUGUGUAAUAAUAACUAGUGAGUCGCAGAUCUUGCUGUCUGCUUCUUGCUGAAGAAUGAUGUGAGUGACUUGGUAAACACAUGGCCGAAGAACAUAUACAAUUCUGCGGUUACCAUCUCUGUUUGCUGACUA